UAUAAGCUUUUUAUGUUUGCAGUUUAGUAAACUUUUAGCUAUCACAUUUUAAUAAUAAAACCUAGCUAUUUCAUUUCAUACCUUUCGGACACUGAUCGACGUUCCAUAAUCUAAAUCAUUCGCUGUUCGCUCUCCUGAGUUCCAGCUGCACCGUUAUGCACUCCUGCACAAUAUAAUAUAGAAAAUUAUAUUGUUUAAAAUACGUAUAUUUGUAUUUUUUAAAGUCAUGAGGCAUAAAAAAACAGAAAUGGUUUCAAACACGAACAUUGUAAGUACAAUUUCGCAAAAUAAAAAAAAAUCAAAUUCAAAACAUAACUAUCUCAGGAAUAUAUCAAAUAUUUUCGAUACAAAAGAUGAUACAGAGACAAAUAAAGUAAAAUGUCAAGAGUUAGUUGAAAAAACAAUAGAAACAUUUAAUAAUGAACAAAAUAAAUCUAAAGAGAUACCAAUUUUAAAAGUACACAACCAAUUCAUAAGUGCUAAAAAUAAAUUUGAAACAAAAAAAAAUAAAAAAACAACAAAUAAAAUGAAAACUUGUACUAAUGCUAUACAAGAAAACCUAACAAAAACGGCUAAAAAAACAAACACAGAAAUUAAAAAAGAAGAAUCCAUUCAACUAAUUGAAAAAAAGUCGUAUAAAUUACCAAACAACAAUGAAGGAAGACUUACUAAAGAAAGUGCAUUUGUUAACGUCAUGGAGCUCAAAAACGAAAAUUCAAAUGAAACUGUGCUAAACAAAAAAAAAUUAAAUUCAAAAGGCCCCAAUGGUCGCCCUAAAUGCAUCGUCCAUGCUGCUUAUCAAAAAAAUAUUAAUAAUGAUUCGUCAAUUCCUAAUUGUCAGCACAAAAGAAAAUUAUUGCGUAUGAAAAAAAUGAUAAAUAAUUUUCAUAAACGUUUUAAG